AUGUUUCUUCAAUCGGUAACGGAGCAUCCUUACCUUUGCUUCCAUGUUAGUGUCUUGUGUUUUUUAUUAUGUCAAAAAGCAUGGGCACUUUGGUGUAGAAACAAGCCCUCUGUGGGCAAUAUUCCUCCGGGAAAUCGAGGAUUUCCCUUCGUAGGAGAGACACUUCAGUUCAUGGCUGCCAUCAACAACACCAAAGGAGUCUAUGAAUUUGUCCAAGUUCGCCGCCUCCGGUAUGGGAAAUGCUUCAAGACGAAGCUAUUUGGGGAAACGCACGUUUUCAUAUCGAGCACGGAGUCAGCAAAAGUGAUUCUAAACAACGAGGGUGGGAAAUUCUCCAAGAGUUAUAUGAAGUCGAUCGCCGAGCUUGUUGGGCGCGAUAGCUUGCUCUGUGCUGCACAUCAACAUCAUAAACUCAUUCGCGCCUCUCUCUUCACUUUGUUCUCGACAGAUUCUCUCUCUUCCUUGGUUAAACUCUUUGAUUCACUCGUUCUUCAAGCUACCACUAGUUGGAAAUCUGGAUCUCUCCUCGUCAUUCAAGAUGAAACACUCAAGCUGGCUUGUAAGGCGAUGUGCAACAUGUUAAUAAGCAUCGAGAAUGGCUACGAAUUAGAGACGAUGCAAACUGAGGUUGCUCGUUUGGGUGAAGCAAUGCUAGCCUUACCCGUCAGGUUACCCUGGACCAGAUUCUACAAAGGCCUUCAGGCUCGAAAAAGGAUAAUGGACAUUUUGGAGAAGCAUAUGAGUGAAAGAAGAAGUGGAAUUGCAACUAGCCAUGUAGAUUUUCUUCAACAACUUUUAGAUGAUAAAUUAAACGAGGAUAGAGUCCCAAGGCUAACAGACUCAGAGAUUAAAGACAACAUCUUAACUAUGAUAAUUGCAGGACAAGACACGAUAGCAAAUGCAAUGACAUGGAUGAUCAAAUUUGUGGAUGAGAAUCAGCAAGUUUUUAAUACCCUUAUGAAGGAGCAACUUGAGAUUGAGAAGAAUGGUUCAAGAAAUUCACAUCUUACACUAGAGGCCCUUAAUGAGAUGCCAUACGCUUCUAAGGUAGUAAAAGAAGCAUUAAGGAAGGCAUCUGUGGUACAGUGGUUGCCUAGAGUAGCACUCGAGGACUGUGUCGUAGAAGGAUAUAAAAUCAAGAAAGGGUGGAACAUUAACAUCGAUGCUAAAUCGAUACACCAUGAUCCAACUGUGCACAAUGAUCCGGGUGUGUUCAAUCCUUCAAGAUUUCAUGCAGAGUCAAAACCAUACAGCUUCUUAGCUUUUGGGAUGGGAGGAAGGACAUGCCUAGGAAAGAACAUGGCUAAAGCCAUGAUGUUGGUGUUUCUCCACCGUUUCAUCACCAAUUGCAAGUGGAAGGUGAUUGAUUCUGACUCAAGUAUUCAGAAGAUGGCACUUUUUACAAAACUUAAGAGUGGAUAUCCUGUACGUUUGAUCUCAAUUAGGGAUGUCAAAAACAAAACCUUGUGA